AUGAAUGAACCUCAUGGUUAUCGUUCUGACAAAGAUAAGCUUAAGCAAGUCGAAGGUAAGUCGCCAAUGUCUCAUGAGGGGCUGAUGAAAUGCAUCGACUACAUGGCUGAUAUUGUCUUUCCUGCUAUUGUCGACAAAACCAAAGCACAAGUGGAACUUGAACAAGCUAAAUUCAACGAUUCACAUAAGCUUGUUGACUAUGCUCCUGGCUCUCAUGUCAUGGCUCGCAUUCCUACCAAGAAUGGUCAACUUGCUCCUGUCUAUGAAGGACCCUAUACAGUUGUACGUAAAAAUGCUGGAAACGUACUCAUAUCCAAGGAGGAAGUUGUUGAAUUAGAUGAUGAAGGUAAUGAGGUCAAAAGCUAUGAAAUCGAAGCUGUGAUCAACCAUAGAGAACUUGCUAAUAAGCGUAAGCCCUAUAUGCCAACCAAGAACUUAAAAAUUACAAACUCUCCUUCUUCUUCUGAAGCGUUGAAGACUAGCCGUCCUGGUACUAUCAGUUCUUUGAUGAAUGAACUUUCCUGUGAUGAUGAAUCUGAUGUCAAGAAAUCUCGCUCUGGCUCCACAAAAGUCAAACGACCUUCCACAUCUACUUCUACAUCUACUUCAUCUCCUUUAAAAAGAUCUCGUCGUAUGAUGUUCACUUCUAUAAUGCCAGAUGUAAAGUCAAAUAAGCCCACUCGUAAAAGUAUGCGAUUGCGUAAGUAA